AUAAAAAUUAUGUAUGUAGGCAUUAUCACGUGCAAUUUUCUGGUAUCCAUUUUUUAUACUUAAUACAUCGUUGCCAACUUAUUUUUCUCAACGUUGACUCCGUAGGAAACUCGAAUCGAACCGAAAAAGGAAAUGGUAUUGGACUGUUUUUAGUACUUGGUAGUACUAACUAUAUGUUGAAAAUAUUUUGCCUCAACAAGUGUAUUGUCAUAACAAAUAUUGUAAUGCGUGUAUCGAUGAUUUCUGCACAGAACAAAUAUUCUUCUCUUACGAGAAUUAUUACUGCUCUUAGAAACUGAGCCAUUCUUUAUCUUGAGUGACAACUAACUUCAAAAUAUUGCUUAUCUAACCAAGUAUGGAUUAAAAUUUGUUAAAAUGAAGCUGAAGUGGUACAGUUGUUAUCAUCUAUUAUUUCCGAAUUGAUAUUCUUUCAAACGGAACGUAACAUUAUCAAGAAAAUGUAUAGACCAAAAGAAGCAAGGAAACCUAACGCAAAAACAUUAUUUUAUAAUUGGACUAGAAAUUAAGUGGACAAACAAUGGUUAAUACAUUAAAGCAAAUCAUGGUAGUAUAACUAAUGAUGAUAUUAAUUUGUAAAAUAUUCCAAAGAAAAAUGUGAGUCUUAGUGUUCUGAAUUGUAAAUGUGUUUUAAAGUUUUAUCAGCCUUGCAAUCUUAAGGGAUACAUAUCUAAAGAUAUCAGAAAUAUUAUUACAAAUAGUCAAACUAAAAAACUUGGGAAAACAAAGUGAUUUUAUUCCAAUGAGUAAUAAUAAAGAAUUUCUAUUAUGAACAAAAAAUAAUGAGAAUAAUUUGCCGAUUGUAGACAAUAUACUACUUAUCAAAUCAGCAUAGCUAAUCCAAGCUUUUCAAAUUGGGCUGCUAAUCCUAUUUUAUUAGUGUCUUCAAAGAAUUAUGUCCAUCACCAUGAUCGAAUUAAAUCUGAUAAUGUGUAUAUGAAAUCAGUGAACAAUAUCUGUUUAAAUUCUGGGACUUGGAAACCUACCAUUAUUAUGGAACGGUUAUGCUCUGCUCAAGAAAGCAUGUUCCACAAAUCAUUACAAAAUUCAUCUAACGAAAGAUUGAACGAACUGCUGCCAUUUAGGAAUAACAAAUUGCAAGAUAAAGUGGAAGUAUCCACAGAAAAUGACUUACAUAUUAAAACGACUGCAAACAAUGAAUUAGACAUAAUGGAUUUGCAUACAGAAAAAAUCACUUAUGAAACAAAGAAUGAUAUCAUGGAUAGAAGCAAUUCUUUAAGAAAAAAAGAACAAAAUGCAUUAAGAAAUAUUGAGAUGUCAACUUCCAUUCAGGAUAUGAAAAUGUAUUCUAAUAAAAAAGAAAUUUUGAAAUCAACUGCAUUUACUUUGAGUGAGUCAAAAAAACGAAAUGAAGAUCAAAACUACAUAUUUGUCGAGGAUUUGAAGGACGAGGUUGUUUCUACAUAUAUUUCUACUCAAAUUGGCAACUGUCAUAAUGAAAUUAACAUGUUAUUAAUCCUACAGAUCUUAGAAAAAUGCGUUGCCAAUCUUAGAAGUUUCAACUGUAAAAAGUGUCCCUUUAUGAGUUUAAAUAUAAACUUAAUGAUAAAGCACGUAAAGGAAGAGCAUUCAAGUGUUGCCAAACAGUCAGGACAUAACGUUUACCAUUGCCCUGGUUGUACAAAUACGUUUUACCAUGGUAUUUCUUUAUUUUCACAUAUAGUACACGAUCACAAGGUACAUAAAAGUGAAGCCCAAAUAAUGGUUCAAAUAUUGUGUAAAAAAGAGGAAAUAAGUACAGGCAGUGUUAAUGGUAACGAACACGAAACAUAUAAAAUCAAUUGUCACUACCCGAACGUCGAGGUCAAUGCUCAUUCUGAGAAUCAAUUGACAGUGAAUACUUCAAAUAUUGAUGAUCACGAUUCUUCCGUACACACUUCACGUACAGCAGCAACAGAUAACGUUCAUUUACAAAAGAUUGAAUCUCAAAGAGUCACAGAUACGUGGCUUUCAAAUACUUGUAAUGAAACUGUUAAUAAGGACAAUCGGAAAACAGAUGCCGACUUCCUUGAUAAGUCAAAACCAUCUACAACACUGUCUUUUAAAACAGGUUUUGAAACAAUAUCUCCUAAUGGUCAGUCUCGAGCAGAAAAAGAAGAUUCUGUUCAAGCGCAUCAAGAGGAAUCAAACACAGAUUCAGUAAAGGUAUCCAAAAAUGAUGUAAAACAGGAGAAUACAAAAGUUAAAAUUACUGACAUGAAAUGUAAGAAAUCAAGAGCACUUGGAAGGCAUAAAAAGGCUGAUAAAAAGAAUUCUGAAUCAAAGCAGCUGGGAUACAAAUGCAAUAUAGAAAAUUGCAGUAUUCAUAUGUUUGCUCAGGAGAAUAUUUUAUACCACCAAAGAUGUCAUUCUACUGUUGAAGAUAAAAAUAUUAUAACAUAUCAGUGUCCAGAAUGCAUGGAGUUUAAAUCCAGCAAUUGGAAUAAUAUGGCAGGUCAUUUGUGGAGGUCACAUAUUGUAGAUAUGGAAUUACAUUCUUGUGACGUAUGUAGUUACAAAACACCAAGUUUAAAAAUUUUAAUGAACCAACACCGAGCCAUUCAUGGAAGUGACAGACCAUACUUGUGCGAUAACUGUGGAAAAGGAUUUAAAACGACAAAACAAUUAAGAAAUCACAGAUCUUUACACAAAACCAAGAAACAAUUGCUCGAAUGUGGUGAGUGUCUAAGAAUUUUUACAAAUCCAAGGCUCUUGAAGUUGCACAAAGAGUCAGUUCAUAAAGAUUCUAAACCAUAUAUGUGUAACUUUUGUGCGUACUCUGCUUCAACGAGAAGUGCAUUGAAACUUCACUUAAGAAGGCAUACUGGCGAAAAGCCAUUCACAUGUGAACAAUGCCCUUAUUCAACUGGUGAUCAUAAUUCAUUUCGGAGGCAUAAAUUGAGGCAUUUAGGUUUGAAACCAUAUAGCUGUCCUCAUUGCAGUUAUGCUAGCAUACAAUCCUCAACAUACAAGGUUCACCUAAAAAAUAAACAUCCAGGUUUGGAUCAUGGCAUUAUGUUUUCAUGUCAGUAUUGUUCAUAUCGAUCGGUAAAACAAGAAAAUUUAUUAACACAUAUGGCAAAACAUGAACAGGGAGUGCCAAAAUCUGAAAAGGUCAAGGUACUGACAGUAAAUAGCCAAAAAAUGUAAGGUAUUCAUAUGCAAUUUCAUAUACACUGCAGAAUUUAUUCCAGUUAUUGUACAUACUUAAUUUGGGUAAGAAAAAUCAUUUAUUUUUGGUUUUAUCAUUUUAUAGACAUUUUAUAUAAGUCAAUUGAAAUAAAUGAAAUAA